UGCUUAGUUGAUUCUAAAUUGUUUUGCAAACCGGUUGUCGCUGUCUAUUCGCCGUGGCGAUAAAUAUAAAAGCGAAAUUUUCUAAUUGUUUUUAUUAAAACAAAGAAGAAAAAAUUCAAUUAAUCGAAAUCGAACUAUAUAAACUACAUCGUCAAAGGCAAAGGAAAAACUGACUCGCAAUGACCUGGGGAUUUGUCACCUGUGGGCCCAAUGAGGCUCUUGUCGUAUCAGGAUGCUGCUAUAUGAAGCCGCUGUUGGUGCCCGGAGGCAGAGCCUUUGUCUGGCCAACAAUUCAACAAGUCCAACGAAUCUCCUUAAACACCAUGACGCUGCAAGUGGAGAGCCCCUGUGUCUAUACCAGCCAGGGUGUACCCAUUUCCGUCACUGGCAUUGCCCAGGUAAAGGUCCAGGGCCAGAAUGAGGAUAUGCUGCUUACGGCCUGUGAGCAAUUCCUUGGCAAAUCCGAAUCAGAGAUUAAUCACAUUGCUCUGGUCACAUUGGAGGGACAUCAACGGGCUAUUAUGGGCUCCAUGACUGUGGAGGAGAUCUACAAGGAUCGCAAGAAGUUCAGCAAGCAAGUUUUCGAAGUCGCCUCCAGUGAUUUGGCCAAUAUGGGCAUUACGGUCGUUUCGUAUACCAUUAAGGAUCUGCGUGACGAGGAGGGCGCCUCCAAGGGUUAUUUGAAAUCUUUGGGCAUGGCGCGUACAGCGGAAGUUAAGCGCGACGCCCGUAUUGGCGAAGCUGAAGCACGGGCAGAGGCUCACAUCAAGGAGGCCAUAGCCGAGGAGCAACGGAUGGCAGCACGUUUCUUGAACGAUACCGAUAUAGCCAAGGCCCAACGGGAUUUCGAGCUGAAGAAGGCAGCCUACGAUGUGGAGGUUCAGACCAAAAAAGCCGAAGCCGAGAUGGCCUAUGAACUGCAAGCGGCCAAGACCAAACAACGUAUUAAGGAGGAACAAAUGCAAGUGAAGGUCAUUGAGCGUACUCAAGAGAUUGCAGUGCAAGAGCAGGAAAUCAAGCGUCGUGAGCAGGAAUUGGAAGCCACCGUACGUCGUCCGGCUGAAGCCGAAAAGUAUCGUUUGGAGAAGCUUGCCGAGGCCAAUAAGCAGCGUGUGGUCAUGGAGGCCGAAGCUGAGGCAGAAUCGAUCAAAAUACGUGGUGAGGCUGAGGCCUUUGCCAUUGCGGCCAAGGCCAAGGCUGAGGCAGAGCAAAUGGCCCAGAAAGCAGAAGCCUAUAGGGAAUAUCGGGAAGCAGCAAUGGUUGAAAUGCUAUUGGAGACACUGCCAAAGGUGGCCGCCGAAGUGGCUGCUCCACUCUCGCAAGCCAAAAAGAUCACCAUGGUGUCCAGUGGACAAGGAGAUGUCGGUGCCGCUAAAUUAACUGGCGAGGUGUUGCAGAUUGUUAACAAAGUGCCAGAAUUGGUUAAGAAUAUAACCGGCGUGGACAUUGCAAGGUCUGUGCAUGCUGGCUAAAUAUCCAAAAAAUCAAAAAAAAAAAAAAACAAAUCCCCAAAAUUACACGAAAAAACUUUACUUCAACCAAAAAAAAUUUACAAAUCUGAUCGAAUACUUCAAAUCAAUUGAAUUGCCGAAAGCAUUUAUAUAACUUGUUUGUUUCAUAUAUAACUUAUAUUAUAUGUAUGUAAUUUAUUCAAUUUUGUUUAAUUACAUACGACCUCUAUCUAUAUAUAUAUAUAUAUAUAUAUAAAUAUAUAUAUUUAUAUCUUUGUGGCUAACAAAUAACACAAAAAAUUUUGCACAAAAACAAAAAACAAAUAAAGAGGCAAAGAUAUUUUGUAUUCAAUGUAUAUGUAUUUUUAGGCGUGCGAACCUGAAAUAAAUAUUUGAAAAUCAAA